CGAAUGAACUGAUAGAAGAUGAUGAUUGCUAAAGCAUGUGUCAGGUGGUUGCGGUCGACACUAGGUAGAGAACGGACACCUCCUAGCGCCGUCGGCUCGGCCGUUCGAGGCGCCGAUGGACUGGGAUUCCAUUUUAUUUUUCUGAGAGAAAACGCGACUGAUCGACUCUACAGCCACCAAAUUGCCCCUCGUUCAAAAUGGCAAAGAGAUCCUUGAAAGAAAGUGCCAUCGGCGAUGACGCGCCCGAGGUCAACAUCAAGAUCCAGCGCAAAAAGAGCCGCAAAGACAAAUCCGCCGAAGAAUCCGUCACCGAAACCCCAGCAACAGAUAGCGAAACCGUAGACGCAAAGGCCGAAAAGAAGUCGAAGAAGGAAAAGAAGCGCAAAAACAAGUCCGAAGAGGUCACCGAGGAGGAGUCUUCCUCUGCCGCCGACGCGGAGGCGGCGAAGGCCGCCAAAAAGGCAAGAAAAGAGCCAAAGCGCGCUGCGAAGGUCACGCAGUCUACCGACGAGGAUUCGGAGAAGGCUAAGCGCAAGGCUGAAAAGAAGGCCAAGAAGGCGGCCAAACAAGAUCAGGAAGAUAGCGCGGUUGCUACUCCUGUGGUGGAAUCAAACGGCGACGCGCCACCGGUUACCAAUGGAACGACAGCUGCCCCAGCAGACGUCACCUCUGGUUACGUCGAGGACCCUAAAUUGACUGCUCUGCCACAAUCCGAGGUCGACGCUUUCUUGACCAAGAACAUGAUCACCCUCACCGACCCGCUCAACACCACAGCGAAAUACCGGCCGAUCAUCUCCUUCGAGCAUCUCUCUAUAACAGACGACGCGCUGCGCGCUCCUUUCAAGACUUUCACGGCACCUACACCUAUACAAGCAGCUGCAUGGCCGUCGCUAUUCGCCGGCAGGGAUGUCGUCGGUGUGGCAGAGACGGGUUCCGGAAAAACCCUGGCCUUCGGCGUGCCGUGUGUGCGCUACAUUACAUCCCUUCCCAAGAAGGAGCGUAAGGGCGUCAAGGCUGUUAUUGUGUCGCCCACUCGCGAGCUAGCGGCUCAGAUCCAUGAGCAGCUUGUCAAGCUAGCGGGGCCCUACGGCCUCGAGGUCACCUGUAUCUACGGCGGUGUUCCCAAGGACGACCAACGUGUUCAGCUCAAGAGAGCAAGCAUUGUGGUGGCUACUCCCGGCCGUCUCAACGACCUGAUCGAUGAGGGCUCGGCAGACAUCAGCAGUGCUGGGUAUGUCGUGCUCGACGAAGCGGACAGGAUGCUCGACAAGGGUUUCGAGGAUGCGAUUCGCAAAAUCAUUAGCAGCACUCGCCCUAUGGGCCAACGUCAAACCCUCAUGUUCACCGCAACUUGGCCGCAGUCUGUCCGUGAGCUGGCUUCUACGUUCAUGACCUCUCCUGUCAGAGUUAACAUUGGCGAUAACCCAACUGGAGAGCUGCGUGCAAACACUCGCAUCAGUCAGACCGUCGAAGUGGUUGAGCCUCGUAACAAGGAAUACCGUUUGUUGCAACUGCUCAAGGAGAACCUGGCAGGCGCCAAGAAGAACGAUCGUAUUUUGGUCUUCUGCUUGUACAAGAAGGAGGCCACUCGGAUCGAGGGCUUCAUUCGCUCCAAAGGAUUUAGCGUCGCUGGUAUCCAUGGUGAUUUGGGCCAAUCACAGCGCACUGCCAGCUUGGAUGCGUUCAAGAAGGGACAGGUCAACUUGCUCGUUGCGACUGAUGUUGCCGCCCGUGGUCUGGACAUUCCCGAGGUGAAGGUCGUCCUCAACGUAACGUUCCCACUCACUGCCGAGGACUAUGUCCACCGUAUCGGCAGAACGGGUCGUGCUGGAAAAGAUGGUAAAGCGAUCACUCUUUUCACUGAACACGACAAGCCUUUGGCUGGAGCACUUGUCAACGUUCUCAAAGGCGCGAACCAACCUGUGCCCCAGGAGUUGAUGAAGUUCGGCACUACAGUUAAGAAGAAGGGUCACGACGCGUACGGUGCUUUCUUCAAGGAUACUGAGGGCAUGAAGCAGGCGACGAAGAUUACGUUUGACUAGAACCGUACCAACCCACCAUUGGUGAUGGGCUGGAAUCCCUAUUCGUCUUAUGCAUUUGCAGGCGUUUUGAGCUUGAUAGACAUUACAUAAAAAAAUGAUGCUAUUCGGGAGAGCAGGUUGCUCGGAAGGCCGCUCGGAGUCAAAAAUUUACAUUUGCAAGUUCCGCAAAAGCCUGCUUCCACCAGGGUAGAGAUAGAAAGACAGCAGUAGUCUUGAUGGGUGU